GCAGCAGUUACAGAAAGAACUUUAGCAAGUCCAGCUUACAGGCGGAAUCAUAUAAAAUAUAUGAAAUAUCGAAAAGAUGGUCAUUCAGAUUGGAAGGUUCAAGAUGAGUUACACAAGUCUCGCGAUAUUGCUAGUGCUUAUAGCAAUCAGAGUUGAAGCGGCGGACAACAGUGAUUACUUUGGAUACUCUCCUGCCGAACAGAAACUCUGGCCUAAAUACUACCCCGAAUGUGGCGGCACCCAGCAGUCCCCCAUUGCAAUUUUGACGAGAAAGGCUAUUAACUCCAGGGCUGCUGCUUUAAAUCUUGAUGACUACCAAAAGGACCUGCCUUUGCUACGGCUAUCCAACAACGGGCACACAGUGAACUUAGCAAUUGACGAACAGGCAAUUCGAAAAGGUGCCAAACCUCCUUCUAUAAGCGGCGGAAAUUUAAAGGGUCGAUAUCAGUUUGAAGGCUUGCAUUUCCAUUGGGGGAAGUCUGACGAUCGGGGCUCAGAGCAUACAAUAAACAAUAGGGAAACCGUCCUGGAAUUGCAUAUUGUUCAUAGAAACGUCAAAUAUACUAGGGAGGAGGCUCCUAGAAAAGAAGAUGGAUUCGUUGUUCUAGCUGUGUUAUAUGAGCUGAAGAAAGGGAGUGGCCACAACUUGGACCCUAUUAUUGAGAACCUAGAUAAAGUACUGGAAUACGGUUCGAGCGUUUUAAUCAAGCCAUCAUUUAAUAUCCGCUACUUCUUAGGUGAUGUUGAUACCAGGCGUUACUAUCAAUAUCAAGGAUCACUCACAACACCUCCUUGUUCAGAGAGCGUAACAUGGAUUAUUUUUGAUGAUACACUCCAAUGCUCUCCUAGAGAGUUGAAUCAAUUGCGUAGACUUCAAACCAUUGCGAGAGAUGGCAGCGUCAAGAGGCUGGUUAAAAAUAAUCGAGCUUUGCAACCACUCAAUAAUCGUAAAGUUUAUUAUCGUACACCGAAAUGAUUGGACCUGUUUCCAUUAAAAGCUUCCUCUUCCGACAAUAUGCUUCACUCCUGUUAAAUUUAUAUAAUACAUUUUUAUUCACCUUCAUAAA